GUUAUCAGUACUGCCAGCGCUUUUGGAAGGGGACAUUGUGCGUGCAUUCUUUCGAGUUUCAUCAAUUGUCAGCCAUUUCAAUUGUUUUCUGGCACUGGUGCAGCAGUGGAAAGGAGGCUGCGCCCCAUGGCUUAGACUCGUGAAGGGCCGCCUUCUCGUCUCGUCUAUGUGUCCCCUAUGUGUCCUGUUUAAAAGACAUGUGAAUGACCUGGGUUUGUUAGAUGAAUUGUUGGUAGAGAGCCUCCACAAUUUUGGCUUGCCAGGGGGUUGGGGUUGAACACACACAGAAUGAUGAAGAGCAUGGCACAAUCAGGGUGCACCAUUGCCGGCUCAAGUUUUGAGUGCUUGGAGGUUCCAUCAAAGAUGCACACCUAUCAGAGAGGGCUAACACGAUACAACGAGGGUCUUUUUGCAUCUUCAGAAAUCCGGAAGACUCUCUCUCGAGCACGAAGAAAGGUUUCGACGCGAAACCUUGCUCCAAACCCUACUCAGAGCUCAAAUCAGGCCUUAGUGCUCAGAGAGCUGAGCGGCCGCUUGGCGAGUCUGCUUCUGAAACAGUCAUUUGAUCCUGCGCUGGCACUUGCAAUGCAACCGAGAUGCCAGGUUUCAGGACCUUCCCCAGUUCGCGAUGGUGGCGUCGAAAGCAGGACGCAGAAGGUGUGCCAUCUUAGCAAAGUGCAAGGGUUGCAACCAGAGCUAGGCGAGUCUGCGAGGACGGCGUCUAUGGCCCACAACCACCGUUUCUUUACAACCAGCCUGGUUGAUUCCGAGGGUGCUGGGUUGAAGGCGGCUUGCACUGCAAUGGAGGAGAAGGUUGCUGAAAGCACGCCGGUCCUCGCCACAACACCCCUGCACAUGGCUGGCCCCGCCCAGGUGGCCUCUAGAGACCCCGGUGCUGCGCACACACUUCCCUCAUCAGCCCGCUUCUUUGAAUGCUUUGCCCCUCGGCGAUGCAAAGUUGCGGCGCUGGGGAAAAGCGUAAGGCGGCAGGCGCGCGUUGGGCCGGGAGAGAGCUUCUCGGGGAAGCUUUCUCUAGCACCGCAAUCGAAGGGCUUAAAAAGGCACCGGUCUACUCCUUGGGGGACAAUAGCAGCCGGCUCAAGUAUAGCCACGUCCAUUCAUCAGCACAUGCCAAACCGAGGUGGCUUUCGGUCACCAACUGCCUUGGGUUCCUUCAGCACAGCCGAUGGGGGUGAGUUUGUAGCCGACAGCGAUGAGAGUAGCAACAACAGCUACUGGGGAAGAGGGACCGGAAGAGGGAUGCAAGGGGAGACGCAGGGGCAGUCGGACCCCGUAGAAACGACUCGCGGGGGAGAGGGGGAGAAGCCAGCGGCUACGGGAGACACGUCCCAAAGAAAAGGUAGUUGGUACCUCUGCAUAUUCGGAAUGGAAAAUGAGGAGGAGAAGGUAUGGAAGGUGCCAUGGACGGGGGCCACCAUCGUCCAGGUCAUGUUCCUGUGGUUCGCCGCCUUCUGGCUGGUGGGCUCGUGGGGGGUCCCCGCCGCCGCGCACGCCCUCGGCUUCAACCGCUCCUCGUUCACGUACCGUGGGCAGGCCGUCUACAGCCUCGUCACCGACUUAGCGGAAAUGCUCGUGGGGCUGGGCAUCCUCAUGCGCUGCCUGGCGCGCUUCCGUCCCCAUGUCGCUGCGGGUUGGUUUUGGUUCUUCCCCUUCAAGUGGAGCGCCGGGUUCUGGAUUCUCGACACGGCGGCCGGGUGCUUACUGUUUCCGAUCGUCAACAUGCUGAGUCAGAUCAACACGGAGCUGCUGCCCCUCCCGGGGAGCUUCCCGGGGGGAUCCCCCAUCGAGCAGAGCCUGAGCGCCAAGGACCCAAUCGCAAACCUGCUGUACGUCGUGGUCGUGAGCGUGUGCGCGCCCAUCUGGGAGGAGAUCAUCUUCCGAGGGUUUCUGCUCGCGAGCUUGACCCGGUACAUGCCGAUGUGGGGGUCGGUAUCCGUGAGCGCACUCGUGUUCGCGCUGGCGCACUUCAGUCUGCAGCGGCUGUUGCCGUUGUCGUUCCUGGGCAUAGUUAUGGGCGUCAUCUUUGUCCGGAGUAGGAACCUGCUGGCGUGCAUGGUGCUGCACAGCAUGUGGAACGCUUUCGUCUUCUUGGAACUUCUUCGGUAGGGGUAGAAGCAAAGAGCACUGCUUCGGUAGGGGUAGAGCAAAGAGGCAGAGGAGUGACGAGUAGGAGCUGAUACCUGUUCAGGUAUAGUUGUAGUGAGCAGAUCAUGCGGCUUGGUUCCCUUGAACUUCAGAUAUGUUGCAACGACGUGUUAAGUCUCCUUGUGAAGCCACAUUUGGAGCGGAGAAUCAAUGGUGCGGUUUCCACCUAAAAACUGUGAAGCUGACGUUGACGAUAAGGCAAACAAAGUAAGGCGCUUCUGAAAGGCGGCUACUUCGGACACCCAAGAAACGUUUGUGACAGGCCCGCACGAAUGCCAUACACAGCCU